AUGGGGAAUGCGUCCAACACCUCAGGGUUCACCUCCACCCUAUCGGAGAGAGAAGACCUGAUUUUUGGCACUCUCUAUUUAAUCUUUGGCAUCAUGUCCCUGUCUGGGAACUCACUGCUGCUGCUGCUGGCCCAUCAGAAGAGGUCCCUGCUGAAACCUGCCGAGUUCUUCAUCGUCAACCUGGCCAUCAGUGACCUGAGCAUGACGGUGACGCUCUUCCCCUUGGCCACCUCCUCCUUCUUUGCACACAGGUGGCUCUUCGACCAGGCCGUGUGCACCCUCUACGCCUUCUGCGGGGUCCUGUUCGGGCUGUGCAGCCUGGCCAGCCUGACGGUGCUCAGCACGGUCUGCUGCCUGAAGGUCUGUUACCCGGCAUAUGGGAGCAGGUUCUCGCGGAGCCACGCCGCCGGGCUGCUGCUGGCCGUGUGGGCCUACGCCCUGGCCUUCGCCAGCGCGCCCCUGGCCCGGUGGGGCAGCUACGGGCCCGAGCCCUACGGCACGGCCUGCUGCAUCGCCUGGGAGGCCUCCGGCAGGGAGGCCGCGCUCUACAUCCUCGCCCUCCUCAUCUUCUGCUACCUGCUGCCCUGCCUGCUCAUCCUGCUGUCCUACGCGCUGAUCCUCUGGACGGUGUGGGCGUCGCGGAGAGCCGUGAGGCAGCACACGUCCCCCCGGCGCGGGGCCCGCGGCGCGCACGGCCUGCUGCUCAGGCUGAGCAUCGCCGUGUGCCUGGGGUUCCUGGCUGCCUGGACUCCCUACGCCGUGCUUGCGCUGUGGGCACUGCUCGGGGACGCCAGCCAGGUGCCAGCGCUGGCCUUCGUGCUCUCGGCCGUCUUUGCCAAGUCCUCGACGCUCUACAACCCGCUGGUGUACCUGCUCCUCGAGCCCAACUUCCACAGGUUCCUCUGCAAGGACGGGGUGUCCCUGCGCACCCUCCUGUGCUGCGGCUGCCGGGGCGCUGGCAGAAGCUGCAGCGACGCUUUUGGGUGUUUCAGUGACUGCCCCAGGUGCUACACACCCCCCCGCGGAGCCGCGGGGCAGCCGGGGCUGAGGAGGACGGUGCAGGUGAUGGUGCUGCUCACGCGGAGGUGGCCAGGCCUGGGCACUGCCAGCGUGGCGAGGCAGGCCCUGCCCAAGGACCUGCUCUGA